ACGACUGUCUCGUCAACUCGUUUGUGAUUGGUCUAUAAUACACUUUUUAACAUCGUUAGCUAGUUACCAAUCAAAUCUACAGAAAAAUAUAAUUAUUUAUUAUUUUACUAAUCGCAAGAAAGUUGUGUCCUGUGUACAAAAAUACUUUGUGGAAUAAAUCGUGUUAUAAUUUCUAUUAUAUCGAUUAGAAUAGGACAAUGAUUAAACUUUUUUCAUUGAAACAGCAAAAGAAAGAUGAAGAGGGUACAGCGAGAGCUGGUGGUUCACAAAAGAAAGCGUCGGCAGCCCAGCUGCGGAUUACAAAAGAUUUGAAUGAGCUGAAUUUGCCCAAGACCUGCAGUACAGAGUUUCCAGAUCAAGAUGAUUUACUCAAUUUUAAACUGAUAAUAUGCCCUGAUGAGGGUUUCUAUCGAGGAGGCAGAUUUGUAUUUAGUUUUAAGGUAGGACCAAACUAUCCUCACGAACCUCCCAAGGUGAAAUGUGAGACGGCCGUAUACCAUCCUAACAUAGACCUUGAAGGAAAUGUCUGCCUCAACAUAUUAAGAGAAGACUGGAAACCAGUGCUGACAGUCAACUCCAUAGUGUACGGGCUGCAAUACUUAUUCCUGGAACCCAAUCCAGAGGACCCACUGAACAAGGAGGCGGCAGACGAGCUGCAGAGCAACAGGCGGUUGUUCGAGCAGCACGUGCAGCGCGCCAUGCGCGGCGGCUACGUCGGCUCCUCCUACUUCGAGCGCUGCCUUAAGUGACCCACGAACCAGCUGUGAAUACCCUCAACAAAGCAUUUUUUAUUUCUUUAGAAAAUUACAUCACGCUAUAUUUAUGAGAUAGGUCAGUGUUUUAGCUAAACCGGUAUUAUUAAUGCAAAUAAACUUAACAUGUAUCAUUUGAAAUACUCAUGGCUCUGUAGCUGUAUGCUUUUUACGAUUUUUAAUUUGACUUCAGUGAUAUACAGCCGAAUCUAAAUUAUUAGUUGAACAAUAGAUUGCUAGUACAAAGAGUAACAUUUCGCACCACAGACAAGAUAUUAACUAGCUAGACUGCGUUUGUGUCCUUUGGCAAGCAUUCAUCUCUAAAUGACAAGUAUGAACCUAAGUGCAAGAGGGACAAAUGUCUUACGUCGACUAUGUGUACUCAUUUUAAUGGAACAGAUGGACACUGCUGACUGAAUUAUGGAUUGUAAGUCGUUAGCAGACAAAAUCUUAUAGGCAUCCGUAUAUAAUAGUUCAGUUGUCUGUGGUUAUAAAAAGACGGACAAUAUUUGUUGCGAAUCGAGGCGUACGCAAUUUAUUGUUUUUGCCAAUAUGUAUGGACAAAUUUGAACACCAAACAGGUAGCGCAAAUUUUGUUUCGCCUUUUAUGCCUUGACAACACGAACCGAGUACAGUGGCAAGAGAGUGCCCUCGGCCGGGUACUGAGUACGGAGCACUCGGCCGAGGGCUCUCUAUCGCUACUGUACUCGUUACGCGUGAUCAAGGCAUUAGUGAUAAAUUGAGUGCCUGCCUCAGUGUACAUAGGUACAUCUUUCUUUUAUAAUUCUUUUGGAACGAAGCACCUUGGUGAACUCGCCUUUGCAGUGUUUUAUAAUAAACUCUAAAUAAGAAAACUGUUAUUUUGUUUCGUAAAUAUGAUAGUAAUAUUCAUAUAAAAUGUCAGGGUUCAACUGCUACUUCGCUGCGUAGAUUUUGACCAAAGUAGCAGCAGUUUGCUUGAUUGGGUUCUGUAAAACACUGUAAACUACGAAUUCAUUAUUGUGAUUUUUUUUUCGGUUAGACAUUUGCAGGUCAUUUAUCAAAUCUUGUGGAAGAAAAAUAAAUACCAUUACUAAUAUAACAGUAUGUAUACGAUGUCAAAAUGCUAACCCGUAUUUAUGAAUACGCGUGAGUGGCGGGGCGCAUUACAAGCGUACGUUUAGUACGAGGACGGAGGCACUUCUUUCUGCCUUUAUACACUCAUGUUCCGUUGUGGGUUAUGCAAUUGUGCACUUAAUGUAACAGUUAUCAUUAUCAAUAUGUAUUUUCAGGAACUGAUCUUUACUUUUAGCUGGUAUACAAAUUUGAAGUAGUGAAUCAAAUUAUCUAUCUAAUAUUAGUACUUCUAAUAUUAGUCGUUCUACUCUAUUUUCUAAUACGUACGGUACGGUGGGCCGCUAGAGGUUUUGUGUGUCUGUUAAUUCAGUACACAUUGAAACUGAAAGUUUUUCCAUUGUCAGAAGUCCAAGAGAUGGUUACAUGUUUCUACCGUAGCCAGGAUUUUGAUAAAUCAACGUGUCCAUCACCUUUGAUGUCAGAAAAUGUGCAAGACUUGCUAUACACCGACGUAUCGUUAUACCGCUCACAAGCCAGCCAUUAACGUUUCUUACUACAAUAAUGCUAUUUAUGUACUUGUCUACAGCAAAAGUAUUAUAUUAUUUCUCCACUAUAUAUAAGAUUGUAACUCUAUUUGUCUCUACAGAUUUGAGUUAUAUUUGUUUCUCGGCAACUUGACACUGCAUUGUUAAUAGAAAGUGCUGAAGGGUACACUGAAGAGACCAUUGCUGCUCAUAUGAUAAUAUCUUGUGAACUGCAAGUCCAACUAAGUAGUUUACUUUAUAAGAUUUUAAUGUAACUUUAUGAAUAUUUUGUAUAAUUUUGUAAUCCUAAUUCACGAGAAAUCACUUUUUCCAAUAGGAUUUAUCCCAAGCUUUAUGUGUUUUCUUUUUUGUUGUUAAUGAUAACUUUCAAGUAACUGUUAGCUAUAUUAUAGCUAAAUGUGAACAUCAAAAAUAAAAGUAUAUACAUAGUAAAUGUUUCGGUCUGUAAAAUAUAUUAAGAUUACUUUUGAGAAUAAACUGUGAAAUAAAUAGUUGUAUUUAUUAGCAAUGCA